AUGCAACUGGCACAACAUUUACCGGCGACCGUUGCGAUAUCGAAACCCCUAGUUUCCAAAGUGAGCGGAUUAUUCGCUCGACUCUCCAAUGACCUCUAUAGAUCGCUUGUAUUCAAAAAGGAUGCUCUGUUGCACAAAACGUAUCCUUUAUUCUCGCCCUACAAAAGUGCUUUGUUACGGAAACCUCCCGCAAUGGCCGCGGAGCUGUUAGCAAAUGUGACUUUUGAGGAGAACAUCCGAUCAGCAUAUCUCAGAGGAGUCAAAUGCACUUUUACUCAGGGUGACAAACGACAGAGUUAUGAUCUUGUAUUACGGCAUAGCAGUGUCGCCACCAUACUCUUCCAUACUGGUAUGAAGAAAAUGAUCCUUGUCAAACAAUUCAGACCAGCUGUCCUAGUUGGACAUGUACUUCGACAACCAGAAAAUUUCAACAAGAAACUCGGUGAAAUAGAUUGGACCAAAUACGAUGCGUCAAAUGGUUAUACCUUGGAAUUGUGUGCUGGUAUGAUUGAUAAAAAACUUCCCGUUAUCGAUAUUGCUCGCGAAGAAAUUGAAGAGGAAUGUGGGUACGCUGUGAAGAACGAAGAUAUUCAUUUUGUCACGACUUUCAACGUCGCUGCACAUGAGUCCGGAGGUGUGCAGUAUCUUUUCUAUGCUGAAAUCAAUGAUUCCAUGAAAGUCACGGAAGGCGGUGGAAAUCCAAGUGAGGAUGAGUAUAUUACAAAGGUGUUUUUAACGGAAGAUGAAAUACGUGCUCUCGUCUCUAGCGAAUAUCCACCGAGCCCCUCUUCUAUGCUGUACGCUCUGAUGUGGUGGCUCGAGAAUAAGUGUUCUAAACAAGUCAAUGCAGUGACUACUGGAUCAUACGAAUGGCAUCCAAAAGAUGUUGUUCCCCUAACGAACCUGGAAUUUGAGCAAAUGCCAUUGUCAGACCGUUUCAUUCCCCUUCGAAUGCAUUUUACGAUAGGUUCAUUAUCCCGCUCGUGGGAUCUGGCGUUAUGUCAUGAGAGUUUCGCAAUUUUGCUGUAUGAUGAAGAUAGAAAGGAACUCAUUUUCACACAACGGUUCAGACCAGCCGCGUUAAUUGGUCUUGCCCGUCAUCGUGCUCCUCCAAAAACAAAACUUGAAUCCAUUGACUGGUCCUUACAACCUUCCGAAUGGGCUUACACCAUCGAAUUGUGCAGUGGGCAUUAUGAACGCAACGCGUCGAAAGAGCAAAUCGUGAAACAAGUCAAGGAAUGUGUUGCGCGCAGAUGCGGUUAUCUAAUAAAUGAAAUGGACUUUGUUACCUCUUACUUAAUAGGAAUAAGCUUCUCGGGUGAUCGGCAGAAGGUUUACUACGCUAAAGUUAAUAGCUCCAUGAAAGUGAAAGACUGGAAGCCCCUGGAAGAUGUAAUACCGUGUUCCAUACCGUUUGAUAAAGUUCCUGCCUACUUGCAAACUCCAACUGAUGUUCCCACUCGCCCACCUGCUGUUAUGCUUAUGAUGCAGUGGUUUUUGAACAGGCAACUACAGCGAGUAUAGAAUCUGCUCCAGAGAUAGAUACAGCAGUUAUGCACCAGAAUCAGAGUUUUUAUGACAUGGUUGUAAAUUAUCUUGCCCAGUAAUAGGCCUUGCAUUAUAUGCAUUCCCUUUCUGUCACAUGAUUUGCAUUACGUGCAGAGUAU